UACUACUCGAGGUCCUGGCCUACUGUGUAUCUAUAUUUCCAUUUAGGAAACUUAUCUACAUAUAUUCAUCCUAAAUAUAUUUACCACUGGGUAAGCUAUAUACCUAGAUAACCCUCAACAUGCCCACCGAACUGGAGGAGCUUGUCGAAUUCCUUCAUCAUGGGAACACUCAAAUCAGACAAAUUGCCUGUGAAAACCUCCUCGGUUUCUCAACUGCCCAGCCGAACUUAUUCAAACGCCAUCAGCUUCUGCCAGUGCGAGAUUUGAAACUUUUGGUGCGAGAUUACAAUCCAAUCGCGAAAAAUGCCCUGACAAUGCUCAUCAACCUCUCGGCUGACCAAGACGUAUUGGCCAAUCUUGCGGACGAUGGUGAUUUUCUUGAGACUCUCCUCACAAAGGUGACGAACGUCAAGGAGCCGAAUGCAGAUGAUGUGUCGAUGCUUUUGGCCAACUUGGUCAAGUCAGAGAAAAUGAAGAAACUGCUAACCAUAAAACGACGGGUCCCAGAACUGGUGUCUACUUCGCCCAAUGCAAUGGAUCAGCUGAUGGAUUGUUUCGUGAAAGGUGCCGAGGGCGCCCUCAACAAAAAUGCUACCUAUGACUACCUGUCUUAUGUGUUUGCCGACAUGUCGAAGUCUAAGGAAGGUCGGGCGUAUUUUACCUCGCGCCAGGAGUAUGACGGCGUGGUGCCUGUAACGAAGCUUACUGUUUUCACCGAACACCAAAGCUCAAUUCGGAGAAAAGGAGUUGCAUCAACAAUAAAGAAUGUCGCGUUUGACAUCCCAUUCCACCCUGCUCUUUUCUCAGAAGAUGAAGCCAAUAUCCUUCCAUACAUCCUGCUGCCGAUAGCAGGCCCGGAAGAGUUUGGUGAAGAAGAGACACUGACGAUGCUGCCAGACCUUCAGCUGCUACCCCCAGACAAAAAGAGGGAUACCGACAAUAGCAUUAUUGUAACACAUCUUGAAACGUUACUGUUGCUAACAACAACUCGGGAAGGGCGAGAUAGAAUGAGGGAGGUACAGGUCUAUCCUAUAAUUCGAGAAUGUCAUCUGAACGUUGAUGACGAGGAUGUCCGGGAAGCUUGCGACAGGCUGGUUCAGAUCUUGAUGCGGGACGAGGAGGGAGAAAAUGCUGGACAGCCUGGAGGAACGCAGCGGGAACAUGAUGACCAGCAGGUGGUAGAGCUCUUUUGAGUCGGUGUAUCAUGAGAGUUCCUUUACUUCUUUUCUUUACUAAAUAUGAACUCUUUGUUACGAAUUCAGUGACAGUGAAAA